GACAUACAGACAGGGUGGUUUCGACUCACAAGUGAGGACAAGUGUGCGCAUGCGGGUUUGCAUUUCUUCAGACGCUAUCGCCGAUUCAAGCUGUAGAGACAUAUAUAACUCACUCGUCGACGUGUAACACACAGGAAACUGUAAUUCAUAUAAACAUACUUGCUGCAUCAACUACUUACUGUUGAAAUGGCACUGAUAGGAAAGGUUGCUAUCAUUACAGGUUCCAGUUCAGGAAUUGGGGCAGGAAUUGCAGAAGUGUUUGCAAAAGAAGGAGCCAAACUGUCUUUAACAGGCAGGAACCAGAAGAAUUUGGAGGAAGUGGCCAAGAACUGCAAGACUGAAUCUUCUGAUGAUGUUCUCAUAAACGUGGGUGACGUCACGGAUGCUGCUUUCAGGAAGACUCUCGUGGAGACAACCAAGAAGAAGUUCGGGAAAAUAGACAUACUGGUAAAUAAUGCUGGGAUCGCACUGCAAAACACGCUGAUAUCAACGACGAAAGAGCAGUACGACAAAAUGAUGGCUGUGAACGUGGAGGCGCCUGUGUUUCUGACACAGUUGGUCGCCCCGUACUUGAUUGAAACUAAAGGGUGUGUGGUCAAUAAUUCGAGUUGCAUCACAAGUACAAUUAUGCCGAAUGUAGGUGUCUACGGCAUGACAAAGGCGGCCUUGGACAUGCAUACAAGAAUUCUUGCUCAUGAAAUGGCAUCACAUGGGGUACGCGUGAAUGCAGUCAACCCAGGCUACAUACCCACUAACAUAAGUUCUGGGCAAAAAUCUGAAGAAGAAUCGGCAAAGUUCCACAAAGCAUUGGUAAAUGGAACGCCAAUUGGUCGCAGUGGUACGCCAGAGGAAAUGGGACACAUUGUUGCCUUCUUGGCCUCGGAAAAAGCAGCCUUUGUAACUGGGGAAUGUUUCUUGGCCGAUGGUGGGUUAUCAAUGACCACACCAAUCCUUACAUAAAGAAGAAGUUGAGGGUCCCAGGAUCUCCUCCGUCAGCAGAUCGUGUACCACAACAUGCGAUUGUGUACUAGAUACACUGACCCACACUAAUAGUAAAUCUUGGCAAAGAUUACUACUUUUCUAUAUGUAAUGACAUAGAAAAAAAAAGUGAUUCUAAUAUUUAUUUCCAAAUCACUGGCUAACAAAUUCUGAAAUAAUCAUCAAAUAUUACUAAUAUUGAUACGAUGUAUUUGAACCAAACCUGGAACAAAGUGUCCGACCUAUUGUUGGAUAAAUAAACAGAGAUGGACAUGCUGAAA